UAGUGAUUCAAUAUUUACAGUUUUGCUUCACAAUCUUAUAAACACAGACAGGAUUUUUGGACCAUUUUAUAUUUUUAUGAAUUAUGCAGUAAUAGAAUAUAAAAUAGGAAUAGAGAAAAAAAAAGAAAGCGAAAUUUUAUCCACAACAGAAUUCGAAAGAGGUGGUUGAGGUGUUAAAAAAAGAUGGAUAUAAAUGGUUGAUCACAAGAUCCUUUUCAGGAAUGUUCCUGGUGUGCCACCUCGUACCAUCUUGCGUACAAUUAUUCCAGCAGGAAAGAGGAGUAUCCCUCUUUAGUAGUGUAGCGUUUCACGUUGUUUUUAAUUGGGUCACUAAAUUGUUCAUGGCAUUGGUACAGAAUUUCUUGAUGCGGUAAGAAUGAGGGAAAAAUGGGUGCUUUGGCUGCAAUGUCUAAUUUUGAUAUCUUUGGGCGUAUUUGCGACAGAUUCUGGAUUUAAAGAUCCCUUCCCUCAACAGCCUCGAAUCGUGGUGCAAGACGGAAACCUCAUUCUUCAGAGUGCUUUCAACCGGAAUGUCAGCAUUGCAACAAGUGGUCAAGGAAACAUCGUUGUCAACAAUGUCGAUUUAGGAAGAACCAUUGGGAGGGUUCAUACUAAUCAUGCUUCCCAGUCGUCUACAUUGGCAGAGAUAAGAAAUCAAAUAAGUGAUUUGUCUGAGAAAUGGAAGUCACUGAAUGAUUUAACAUUAAGAGUGAGUGCACUGGAGGAGAACGUAACAGAUAUUGCAAACAAGAUUAAUCAGUUUGUUGGUUCAGGGCAAAAUAGCAUCUCUAACAGAGGAAUCAGGAGUACUAUAUCAAAGGUGCAAGAACUUAGUGACAGUGUAAGCACUUUAACACAGCUUUUGACAGUAAAUGAAUGUACCAAUAGUCCUUGCAGAAAUGGCGGGACCUGCAUCGAUGCAUACAAUGGAUAUAUUUGCAUUUGCCCUUCAAACUGGGAGGGAGUGACUUGUGAAACAGAUGUUAAUGAAUGUGCUGUUUAUGCUGGCACGAGCUUCGGCUGCCAGAAUGGAGCUACUUGCAUCAAUACUCAAGGUGGAUACAGCUGCCAGUGUGCCAAUAAUUGGAACGGUAUCCAUUGCAAUCAAAAGUUUGAUGACUGCAGUAUGGCAUCCCAUCAGGAACUGUGCGGACAUGGGACUUGCAUAAAUGAAAAGCGUGUACAACCGGGGCAGCCAAAAUACCGCUGCCUCUGUGACCCGGGCUGGCAAAGUUCCAGCAGCAGCCCUGCUUGUACUCAAGACAUUGAUGAAUGUAGUGGUCCUCAGAAAAGAUGCUCACAAAAUCCACCUGUUACAUGCAUCAACCUACCUGGGACAUUUCACUGUGGGCCUUGUCCUGAAGGAUACACUGGUGAUGGACACAGCUGUACAGAUAUUAACGAGUGUGAGGUAAAUAAUGGAGGCUGUUCAAUGCAUCCUUUUGUACAGUGCACUAAUACGAUCGGAUCAAGGACAUGUGGAUCUUGCCCAACAGGGUAUGUUGGCAAUGGAGUUCACUGCUCGUUUGUUGGCAUAUGUGCCUUAAAUCAUGGAGGCUGCCAUCCACUUGCAACUUGCAUCGAAAACACAGCAAUAACAAGCACAUACAGAGAAUGCCGUUGUCCUUCGGGCUAUAUCGGAAGCGGGGAAGGUCUUCAAGGAUGCGUACAAUCUCCUGCGAUGAGCUGCUUAGCCAAUCCUUGCAUACAUGGAACUUGCGAAUCGUCAGGUCCAUCUGCACGCUGCAUUUGCUUUCCUGGUUAUCAUGGCAUUCUUUGCGAGCAAGAAGAAGAUCCCUGUAUCAGCGAACCUUGCCAAAAUGGCGGCACGUGCUUUUCACGACAAGGAAAUUUCACUUGCGUUUGUUCGGAAGGAUUCGAAGGGCAGACUUGUGCUAGAAGCAGAGAAAGUUGUGGUGGUUUUCUGAACGGAAACAACGGGACACUUGAAUUCCCUGAAAAUGGAGUGCACUACAACCAUAUGAUGGACUGUGCUUGGGUGAUUACAGUUGAUGAUGAUAAGGUUGUGAAUAUCACUUUUGAACAUUUCGAUUUGGAAAGUGGGCUUAACUGUGAAUUCGACUUUCUGCAAUUGAACGAUGGUCCGAACGCUGCUUCUCACGUUAUCGGCCGCUUCUGUCAAGAAGAUUUGCAAAAUCGGACAUUUGUCAGCACUCACAAUCAGCUCUACCUCUGGUUCCGGUCGGACAGGACUGCCGCCGCAACGGGUUUCUCACUCAACUGGACAGCAACUAAACCCGUUUGCGGAGGAUAUCUAUGGGGACACCUUUAUGGAUCCGUUAAUUCUCCCGGCUACCCGGGCAAAUAUCCACGCAACAGAACUUGCACAUGGUCUGUUAUUGUGCCUAUUGGAAAAAGAAUACAGUUCGUGUUUGCCACUAUGAUGCUAGAGCAUCAUGAAAAUUGUUCUUACGAUUAUCUCAAGGUAUACGACGGAGCUAGAUUCACCGACCCCGAGAUAGGCACUUACUGCAGUUCUGUGAUACCACCUCCUUUAACGACUUCAGGACACAUGGCCUUACUGCAUUUUCAUUCAGAUGAGAGUAAUGAAGAUGCUGGAUUCCACAUUGCUUACUCAGCAAUAGCAACUCACGGAUGUGGUGGAACUCUAACAGCUCCGCAAGGUAUCGUUACUUCACCUAAUUUCCCGGAUGUAUACGAUAGCUAUCUUAGGUGCGAAUGGAUCAUAAGAGUUCGUCCAGGAAGCAGAAUCCUACUCACAUUCCAAGAAUUUAAUUUGGGAAGUGAACAGAAUUGCUGGUACGAUCGUUUAGAGGUUUAUGAUGGAAAUAGUGACGCAGCUCCUGUUUUGGGUCGUUUUUGUGCUUCAACCCUUCCAAGUAAAAUCCUGGCAAAUAGUAACAAUCUUUACAUUAAGUUUCAAAGUAGUGACGCAAAUAAUGGUCGUACUGGAUUCAAAGUUAAAUACGAAACAAUUUGCGGUGGAAUAUAUACUGAUCUGACAGGAGUGUUAUCCUCGCCUAACUACCCCGAAACGUACCCCGAACGCUGUCUUUGCAUCUAUGAGAUUCGCUUGCCACCAGGAUACGUCGUCAAUGUCACAUUUCAUAGCAUGUUUAUUAGAUGGAGCUGGAAAUGCGAAUCUGAUUAUUUAGACAUCCAUGAUGGAGACUCGUCAAAUGCACCUCGUCUCGCUCAUCUGUGUGGUAAUGAAAAGCAAGACAUCAUUUCCUCAUAUAACGUUAUGUGGAUGAAAUUCAAAGCGAAUAGUCCACGCCCACCGUUGCGCGGAUUUUAUAUUGUCUACGAAGGCAUGGAAAUGGGUUGUGGUGGCUUGCUAACGGAUAAUGAAGGACGGAUAUCUUCGCCCAAACAUCCGCUUAGGUACCCACAUUCGCAUACCUGCAGGUGGCUUUUAAGGGCUCCGGAAAAACAUAGCAUUCGUUUGACCUUCACUUCAUUCUAUCUCGAGGAGGACAAUGAAUGUCGGUUCGAUUACGUUGAUAUUGAAGAAAGCAAUGGGAUGUCUUUGGGAAGGUAUUGUGGCAACAGAAUACCACCAAUUCUUACUUCAGUCCAUAAUACUCUUAUAGUGAAAUUCGUAACGGAUGCGAGCGUAGCUAGAGAUGGAUUCACUGCCAAUUAUACAUUUUUCGACACCUCUACAGAAUGUGGCGGAACUUACUAUCAAGAAUCUGGAGUAAUUCGUUCUCCUGGGUUUCCAAAUAACUACCCAAGCAAUUCUAAGUGCGUAUGGAUAAUUCAAGCAAAGCCAUACAGACAGAUUAUUCUUAAUAUCACCCAUUUCAGAUUGGAAACUGGAACGAUAUGUACAUACGAUUAUUUAGAAAUAAGAAAUGGAGGCUCUCAAGUAUCGCCUUUGAUAGGAAAAUACUGUGACCAGAUUGGCCAUGAAGUUAAAUCGCACAGCAAUAUGUUAUGGCUGAAAUUCGUGUCAGAUUAUAUCGUAGAGAGUACAGGUUUCGAAAUAUUCUUUGAGUCAACAUCUGUUGGUUGUGGUGGAAUGCUAACGUCUGCUAGCGGUGAGAUAGGUUUACCAGAUAAUUCUCUGAGUUAUGAUUGCGAGUGGCAUAUUCGGAUCUCGGCCGGUUCUUUGAUCUUUUUGAUCAUCAACGAAAUGAACAUCGAAGAGGAAGAGACUUGCUUGAAUGCCUACUUACAAAUAUUCGAUGGCGAUUCAGAAAACUCCAGAUCCGUUUUGCGCAUCUGUAAUGGCCAACAGAAUCCGGGAACAAUUACAUCUACUGGUAAUUCCAUGCUCCUUCGGUAUCGUUCGGAUGGCACAAGACAAGCCGGAAGUUUCCGUGUAUAUUAUACAACUGCUUGCACUGUUACGUUAACUAAAAGGAGUGGCGUCAUCGAGAGCCCGAAUUUCCCUGAUUACUUCGGGAAUCGGGCAUUCUGCAGAUGGGUCAUCAAGGCUCCUCAAGGAAAUAAUAUAACCAUGUCUUUCUCACAUUUGUUUUUCAGAUAUCAUAGUAAUUACUGUGCAUCUCUGAAUCUUAAGAUUAAAGAAGUUGAUGAAUAUGAAAGAGAUCAUUCGUUAUUUAGCAACUGUGGAGUACCGAACACACUUCUUCCGACAAUUGAGACUUCAACGAGCAAAGCGAUUGUGGAAUUUAUAUAUUCUUGGGGGCCGAAAGUCCGAUUCAGAUUAGAAUGGAUAAUGAAAGGAUGUGGUGGAGAUAUUGAGAAUACGAAUUCAGGCUUCAUUACUUCUCCGAACUACCCUAAUGGAUAUCCAUUAAAAACGACUUGUUUAUGGCACAUUUUUUAUGCUCCUGGAGAAAGAGUACAGUUGACGAUACUGGAGCUUGAUCUUCAAGGAGAAGAGGAAUGUGCAUCUGAUUAUGUUAGAGUGUACGGGGGAGAAAAUGAGAACUCUCCACCACUUUUGAAUGCCUGCCACAGAAUAAGCGGCUCUCAGAUUGUCACAAGCCAUGGAAAUCAUAUGGUAGUCCAUUUUAACAGUGACACUAACAUACGUGGCAGAGGUUUCAAAGCAUCCUACAGGAAACUCAGUGCAGGAUGUGGUGGUAAAUUCACAGCAGGAGAAAGUACAAUAAUGUCCCCGAAUUACCCUGAUCCUUAUAACGCUAAUGACGAAUGUGAAUGGUUGAUACAAGUAUCUUUGGGACACCGAGUGCAGUUAAAAUUUUACGAUUUCGAGCUACCUCUUGCAACGGAUUGUACUCUAGGACAUGUGGCAAUACAUGACGGAAGAAACAGCAACGCACCUUUGUUAGCGAAGUAUUGCGGUGCAAAGCCAGAAGAAAUAAUCUUUUCCACUAGCAAUCAAAUGCUAGUGAAAUUGGUGGCAGACGGAACCAAUGUGGGUAAAGGAUUCCGAGCUCAUUACAAAACAGGUUGCGGAAGUCGUCUGCUGGCAGAUGAAGGGGGCGAAAUCAUGUCGCCUAACUACCCACAUGGUUCACCUGACUUCAUAAAUUGCAGCUGGAUCAUUUACACAUCAGAACCAGCAGAAAAAGUGAGUCUUCUUGUGACUCAUCUGGAAUUAGAGAACUCCGAAAAUUGUUCUUCUGCGUCGCUGACGAUAAAGAACGGGGAUAUGCCUGAUUCGCCUAUCUCCAGCGUGUAUUGCGGCCGUAGCUCUCCUCCCCUUAUUAUAUCAAGUGGAAACAUCCUACAAGUGAUUCUGCAAAACCAUGGAAUUUUUAGGGCAACUUAUGGUUCCGCUUCAUCGAACUGCGGAGGCACCUACAAAUCCCCAGAAGGAGUAUUUACGACUCCAGGAUAUCCACUCGAUUAUCCUUUAAGCAUGGAAUGCAUAUGGACUAUGGAAGCAAGUCCCGGUAGCAAAAUCCAUAUAUCUUUUCUGAACUUUCACCUCGAAGUCAGUGAGCAUUGUAAUAAAGAUUACGUUGAAAUCCGGGAAAAGGUUGAAUCUGGGCGUUUGAUUGGACGAUACUGUGGAAGUCAGGUACCAAGUAAUGUGACGGAUGCCCAGAAACUGUGGAUCAAAUUUAGAUCGGAUGACAUUGAUUCAUCGAACGGAUUUUAUGCGCAAUAUAUCAUACAACCUAGUAAUGUGCUAAAUGGAACGGAAGGGGAAAUUGCAUCUCCAAGUUAUCCACACAAAUACACCUUUUCGAAUGUAGAAUGGACUGUCAUCGUCCCAUCAGGCAUGUUCGUCAGCGUUCGCUUCUUCGAUUUCGGGAUUGCCGACAUUAGUACAUCACACUCUUGUAUGUCUUCUCUAAAUAUAUAUGAUGGCUUCGAUGACACAGCUCCAAGCCUUGGGGAAUUAUGUGGAUAUCACAUACCCGAACCGCUUGUCAGCACCGGAAAUGUUAUUUUCAUCAGACUUGUCGUCGACCAUCGUUACGCUGCAAGCUUCCAUCUCCAGUGGGCAGCUGUGACGGAAUCUGGGGUCGUGGAAUCACCUUCAGCAGAAGAUAGUUGUUGGACGGAACUCAGACUCAAUGCAAGUACACCGAUAGUUGUUCAGUCUCCCAAUUAUCCAGGGAAUUAUCCGGAUAAUACUAACUGCACUUACAUCAUCAGGACGUCCUAUUCCCAGCAUGUGGAACUGAACAUCACAGAUUUUCAACUUGAGGACUGGUUUACAGAGUGCAGCACUGAUCGACUAGAGGUAUAUUACGCACUGAACCCCAAUGUAGAUUCCUGGCACCUGAACGCGAGUCUUUGUGGUAGAGGUGUGUCUCCGUACAUCGUCAGUCCAACAAAUUUGAUGAAGCUGCAGUUCAUUACAGACAGUCAUACUAAUUUCAGAGGUUUCAGCGCAACCGCCAUAUCAAAAUGCGGAGGUCGAUUGACAGAUUCACACGGAGUGAUAAUGAGUGAAUAUAUUAAUCAUCACAUUCCCGAUAUUAAUUAUGGGUUUCCAACUGUGAUCUGUGAAUGGUACAUACAAGUGAAACCAGGAAGAACAAUCCAACUGUCUUUUAGCCGAUUCCACAUAUUUUCAGAUCACACCUGUGGCACUAAUUACAUAUUGAUCCGUAACGGCGGCUCUAGGGCAUCACCUGUACUCGGACAUGGCAGAUACUGCGGUUUGACUAUUCCAAAUCUGCCAGAGACAACUUCAAACGAAGCCUAUGUGAAAGUGGUAAUUACCGCACCUCUUCUAAGCUUACCAAGCUUCGAACUUCGUUACGCUCAAUUUUCUCUCGGUUGUGGUAGUCGCAUUGAUUUAAAUCAAAGAAGUCAAAGUGCCGAAAUUUUAUCUCAGAAUUAUCCAGCUGCACCACCUCCUCACAUGGAAUGUGAAUGGACAGUAAUGUCACCACCGGGAACAAGGAUACGAAUGGAUUUCGAGAAUCGUUUUAAUAUGAUUGGAAA